AUGGUGACUUUAGACGAUCGUAUUCUUGGUGAAAAAUUACAAAAUUAUUGCAGCAGUUCAUCCGAAGACGAAGAUGAUUCUCCAUCAAAAUCAGACGAUGAAAAACAAACAAACUGUCGUGGUUCAAAAUUUAUACCAGACGCUGAAUUAGAAAGUUAUCGUAGCCAAAGUAAUUUCACAGAAAAUACAGGUCCAAAAGGUGUUAUCAAAGACUGGCAACGUUUCAAACAACUAGAAACAGAAAAUCGAAAUAAUCAAGAGAAAGAGAAGGCUGAACUAAUAAAAAAAUUAUCUCUAUCUUGUCGAUCACACCUUGAUGAAGAACGUGAUCAAGAGAGACAAAAAAAUGAAGCAGCUAAAGAUGAUUUAGAUGAUGAAUUUUUUGACGCAGAAGACGAGUUUCUUAAAGAAUAUCGUGCAAAACUCAUGAAUGAAAUACAACAUCGAAUAAGUAAUGCACCCCGCUUUGGUAAAGUAAUUCAACUAACAAGGGAUGAAUAUACGCAUGCUAUCGAUAAGGAAAAUAAAAAUGUUACGGUAGUUGUUCACAUUUACGAAGAGUCAAAACCUGCUUGUAAAACGAUGAAUACUUGCUUUCAUGUAUUAGCUGAGCAAUAUUCAUUGGUCAAAUUCUGUCGUAUCCAAGCAUCAGAUGCCGAAUUAAGCCGAAAAUUUAUUGCAACUGGUUGUCCAGCAAUUCUUGUUUAUCGUGAGGGGAAAAUUCUUGGAAAUUUUGUGUCAUUAACAAAUGAAUUUGGUGAUGAGUUUUAUCCAAGUGAUAUAGAAAAUCUUCUGUUAGAAAAUAAUUUAUUACCAUCAUUGGAAUGUUCAUCUUCAAUAAGACAAUGUGAUGCUGACAAAUCCGAUUCAAAGAGUGAUGAUGAUUAG